AUGGAUGCUGAGGUAAAAGAUGCUCCAAAGGAUAAAGAGGAUGAAAACAGUGAACCAAGUGUGACACAAACCAUUCCUGAUAAACAGACAAAACUACGCAGUAUUCCUGCAGUUGUUGUAAGGAAUGAAAACAAUGACAUAAUAGAGCAAAUGGAUGAGCCCAGCGUUGAUUUUUCACAGACAGUAAGAAGGAACCUGAAAUCUAAACUAAUCCAGAGAGCCAACAGCCCUGUGAAGGAGCAGAUGGACAAAAUUCAGGAAACUCUGUCUGAGAAUUCAGAGUCAGGGAGUGAGGAGGGAUUGUCCGAUUCCAGUGAUACUGAAAGAGAGACAGCAACUACAGGGCUUGGGGGAAUGGGAGAAGAAGGUGUCUCCACAGCAGUUAGUACCCAAGUGGAUGAGAAGGAACCAGUUGUAGGUGAGGAUCAAAUGCCAGAUGAAGAAGCAGACAAAGGACAGGUUGUUGAGGAAGAUCAAGCACCAGCAGAAGAAAAAGAGAAAGAACCUGUUGUAGAGAAAGUAGAACCUUUUGUGAUGGAAAAAUCAAUGGAAAAUCAAACAGAAAAGGAUGUUAUCAAUGAUGAGGAAGAGGAAAAGCAGAGGGAGAAUACUGAAGUUGGUACAAGGACUGAAGACAGUGAAGAGAGGACAAAAGAAAUUGGAGAAGAAACAGACAGAGCAUUGGAGGAACAGAAAGCAGAAAAGGGAAGAACAGUUGAGAAAGAAAAUGCAGAAAAAGAUAUAUCAGUUCCAAAAGAUAAUUUAGAAAAAGAUAGUGCAAUUGAGAAAGAAAAUGUAGAAAAUGUUGAAGGGGAAAAUGUAAUGGAACAAGAUGUAACAAACCUAAAGAUAAAUACAGGUGAAAAAGAUGAAACAGUGGAGAAAGAGAAUUUGAUGGAAAAGGUUGAUGAAAUUGAAGACAAAAAUUUGAGUGGCGAAAAUAACAAAGAUUCUGACCAGCCAGUCAUAACAGAUAUUGAGACGAAAGAUAAAAAUGAGGAAGCUGCAAAAGGUACAGAAUGCUUAGAUAAAGAGGAAAGUGAAGUUGAGAAAUCCUUAAAUACAGAUGAUUUUUCUCAGUUCAAUCUGACCCAGCCCUCUACAACAGUAUCUCCCACUAGUUCCUCUACAGCCCCACCACCCCCACUAAUGAUCCCAGCUCUGGGGGUGGCUGUUAAUCCUGCCAGUAUUCCUUUGAUGGGCCAGUUCUCUAGAGGUACAGCAGAUCUCAAUACUGUAGCCAUGCAGCAAUUCCAGCAAUUUAAUGUCCAGCCAUCUGUGGCAAGCUCCAGCGCUCCACUGACUCAGGUUGUGUACACUCCAGGGAUUGGUCCUGUUUAUCCUGCUGGUAUGAAUAUUCAGACAACACCAAACAGAUUCCCUUUAACAAACCAAACUCUGAAUGUCAUCCAUAGUGGUCAACUACCACAAGUCAAUCACAGGUUUAUCACUGGGGUUCCACUUGGCAUUGUGCCUUUAGUACAAAGUGCCAACAUUAGACAAGUGAUCCACCCACAAGUAACAGGUGUUAUUCAACCAGGGACACAGGAAACCCAUAUAACAAGUGUUCCAACACUCAUUCACUCAUCAGUAUCUCAACCAUCAUCAACAGCCCAACCUGCAACUAAAACAACUGGUCAACAAGAUGUAACCAACCACUCUCUGCAACUUUCAGCUUCUCAAAUCCCAGUGUUUUCAACUUCAACUCAGAUGCAAGCUAUUACCAGUACUAUGCAGCCACAAACAAACAUCCCUGCAGCACAAGUAGCUUCUACCACAACCAUAGCACCACAUAUUUUAUUAGCCAAACAAGCCCAAGUUAAACAAGUAGGCACCCCAACAAAUCCAUUAAAUCAUAGAUCUCAGGUUACUGUCUCAAGCCCACAGCCUCAACCAGAAGUGGCAAAGCCAGAGGCUGCUCCAGUCCAGCAGAAAGCAGAUGCAUCAACCUAUGUUGAUGAUGAUUCCAUUGACAUUUCCCUUGUGAAUAAAGUAAAAAUGUUUUAUUUUCAAUGUGAUAAGUGUACUUUUGUUACAAAAUCCGCUCAAAAUUUCCGUAGGCAUUAUAUGCUUCAUCUGAACUACAAACCAUAUGUGUGCUCUAAUUGUGGAUUCCCUUCCUGCAACAAAUAUGGCUUCUCAAGCCACCUAAGGAAUCACCAGGAAUGUGCUGGACAACACUUUGUAUACAAAAAAGAUGGUGAAGCUGAAAGACAGUUAGAAAGAAAUGUAAUUGCAUGUAAACAUCACAAAUGGGUAUCUGAUGAAGAAAAUGAUAAAUCCUCAAAGGAACUUUUUGGUGAUCAAAGGAGAUUCCGUUUUACUUCAAAAAGAUCUGAUCCAGCCAGUCCUGCAGCAGCCUCUACAGUUUUAGGUGAGAGCACUGAUGAUUCUACACCUGAUGUGCAGAUGGGAGUGGUGAAGAAAACAUAUUCCGGAAAGAAAAAAAUCAGAGACAUACUCGGAGAGAUGGAGAGUAAAACUAAAAGUUUAUCUCAGUCAACUAAUCCAGAUGAUGUGUCAAGUCCUUCAGAAAUCACAAAGAAGGACUCUGAGGAAACCAAAAAUAACUUUGAAAAUGUUGAGUUGACAAGUGAUAAUAUGUCUCAGAUUUCAAAGAAGGAUGUUGAUGGUAGUCUUUCUCAGAGAGAAAGAAUUUCCUCUGGUAAUGGUAGUGAAAAAAUGUCCAUUGAUGUAUCAGAGGAUAACAUUCAGGAGAAAGAGGAUGAUUCUGAUGCAAUGAGUGACAUUAUAGAGCCUUUGCCUGCAACCAAGAUUAACUCUAAAACCAGUGAAAGUGGUCACACCCACUCAAAAUAUUCCAGAAAGUCAGAAAGCAACCAACCAAAAAAACAAUACAAAAAAAUGAAAUCUUCCUUUCUGCACAAAAACUUAAGAAAAUCCAAAAGUUUCAGUUUUCAUAAAAGAAAGAAGAAAUUUGCUCGAAGGAAAAAACAAACAAAUAGAGUUCAGAAUUACGAAAUUGUUGAUGAAAGUAACAUACUGGAUCUUCCAAGAGUACGCAAGUUUAAAACUACAUUUGAUCCUAGUCCAGAUCUCUACAGACGAAGAAAGAGAGGUCUUCUGAUGGAAGCAGAAUUUUUGAAGCCAUCAAAACCAAGCAUUCCAACCAAACCAGACACAAAAGCUUUAGCAUUAUACUACAGAUGUCCCUACUGUGGUCAGUCUGCAGACAGUGCUAUGGGAAUCAAGCGCCAUGCCUUCUGGGUCCAUAACAUGUGUGAAUAUACAUGUAAUCUGUGUCUUUUUAUGUCUAUGUCAAAACAGGAAUGUCUGAGGCAUUGCUAUGCAGAUCAUCCUGGUACUUCUCCUGGCAUCAAAAGAUCAUUCUGCAAAACCAUGGAAGUGGAGGAGGUUGUUGAUGACAGAAACUCCCAAAGCAAGGAAGAGGAUGAGAACAACCAAGCAGAAGAUCAGAUGGACAGCAGUGAAAAAGAGGCUGAGGAGAGAGAGGUUGAGGAGAGGGUGCAGCCUCAUAAGUAUCCAGUCAAAGGAGCACAGGAUUUCAGGUGUAUCAAGUGUGAUCUGAAGUUCACUCGGAAAGGAAUUCAAAUGCAUCUCUUACGCACACACAAUGUUUUUAUGUAUAAAUGUCCAUACUGUAAAUUUAUUAAGAAAAAUAAAGAGGACAUAACAGAGCAUUGCAACAUGGAACACAAUGUGAAAAUCAGCAAGGCAGUGCGUGUUACUUACAACCUUAAUCUUGGACAUGAGCUGGUGGAAUUUCUCUCCAAGGAUAAAAAAGAACUGAAGAAGAAACCUAACCAUUCAAAAGUUCUCACAUUUCAAAAAAGAUUGCAAAAGAAAGUGAAGAGGCCAAUGAGCACAAAAGCAACAUGUCCUUUGUGUGGAUUUAAUUCCAACUACAUUGGUGUCCAGCGGCAUUUGGCAAUGAAACAUAAACUGAAGAAAUUACAAUGUGGGCGUUGUGGCCAUGUGACAUACAAUAAAUCUGUUGCAGUGAAACACUCCAAAAAGUCUCACAAAGAAAACACACCAUAUUUGUUGCGUGCCUUUGCAGAUAUUGAAACUGUGCAAGCUAUGUCUAGAGGUGAGCUGAAGAAAUGUGGUGCCCUUAACAUGUUAGAACUUAAAGAAAAGGAGAAUUCUGAUCAAGAGGAAGAGGUUAAAAAGACAGAGAGUCCACUUAAAGUCCCUAGUGCUAAUGUUCCUUCAGUAAAAGACACAAAAGAUGAAUGGGUGUCGUGUCCAGUCUGCUUUGCUGAGAAGCGGACUUUGAGAGGGAUAGAGCUACACAUGAUGUAUUUGCACAAGAUCUGUAACUGGUCCUGCGGUCGUUGUGGGUUUGCAUCCACAGAUAAAUAUGUGACAUUGCAGCAUUCCGUUGAUUUACACCAAGAUGAAGACCCUAUGAUUUCCAGGGCAUUAAUUAAUCUUAAUAGAUAUCUAGCAGAGAGAAAUAUGGAACUAGACUACAGAUCAACAAAGGAAAAUUAUUUAGAAGAAAAGAUGGAGAACUUUAGCAGAUCAGAUCCAUAUAAACCAGAUUUUGAUGAUGAUGAUGAAUCUGUGGAGGACACUUCCAACAGCAAAAAGAUGACCAUUAAAGAUCAGGAUGAGACUUCUCAUGAUUCCAGUACUGUGGAGUCUUACAGUCAAAAGAAAGCAUGGAAGAGAAGAUCUUGCAGUCCUAAAGGUUCAGAUUUCAGCGGUGCAGCAUCAGAAAAGUGCCUUCUGAAGAAAAACUUGAAGGACAUACCAGCUUUGUCAAGAACAUCAGGUGGUGACUCAGUUGAGUCAGAUUCCACAGAGGACAGCUUUGUCACCAAAAAGAGACGCAAGAAGUGUCAUCCGGUGGCUCGCUCUUCUCCUAGUCUUGGAUUCACUCCCUCUUCAUUUGUUGUAAGGCCUAAGGAUAUGAACCAACUAAAUCAAGGCUUUAGCUGCGUAUACUGUGUAUAUGCUGCCCCGCUCCGUCAUCAAGUACGCCUACACUGCUAUGACAAGCAUACAAACCACCCAGCCUGCCUCAUGGAAUUCCAAGUCAGUGAGGAGGAUAAAUUCUACCGUAAUGAUGACACUGAAGAAGUUCAGCUGGACUUAACUGAAGACAGCAAUGGUGAUGUAAAAACCGAGACAGAACCUAUGGAAUAUGAGGGUAGUGGUGCAAAAAAUGUCGAUAAAUCUGUCAGUGAGGCUGACAACGAUGAAACAACUGGAAUCAGUGAUGUGGCUUCAUCAAAGGCAAACGGAGGUCUGAAUGGACAGGUGAAGCGAAGUGACAGUUUAACAAGUGGAGGAGAAACUGACACUGAUGAACUUCACUCAUCAGAAAUCAUAGACAAUGGCGGCAAUCGAUUCCAACGAGGAAGAAAGAGGAAAAUCAAAUUUGAUAACCCACUAAAAACUUUGGUGCACAAGUUGAAUUCCAGCCAGAUUAAUCUGGAAGACACAUUUCACGGCAGCUUGGAUGACGUGGAUUCGUUUCUAAAUAAGUAUGGAGUUCGAACUCUGAACAUGGACAUGUUAACACAGCAGCAGUUUUCUGACUUUAUUGAGCGAUUUGGGAGCAAUCUACAACCAGUUUAAUGUGAUUUGUAAUUUUGUUUCUGUUUUUGUUCAUUUUUAAUCAUUUUGGUUCAUGCGUUUACUCAUAACACAACACUAUAUGAAUGAGGAUUUCAUUUCUGCAUGCUUUGUGUAUUUUUCUAUACUGCUCAUAGGAAUGAACAUAAUUUUCUUUUUUUCUGCAACAUCUGCAUACUAGUGGCACCAUGUGUCAAAAAACUAUGAACUGUAUCAGAUACAAAAAUACACAGUUUAUAAAUAGUCAUAGAUUUUUGAAGCAUUAAGUCAUUGAUAUAAGUUUAUAGUUUGUGUAAAACUUUUAUUUAUUAGCAGGUUUUAAAGAUUUGUAUAUUCAUAAACCUAAGAUAUACAUUUUUUCACAUGUAAAAUCCUAAUUUUGAUACACCCAAGAGUCAAUUUAAGCUGCCAAUGAGGUAAAACAAAUCUAGAAACAGUGUGGUUCAUUAAAAGAUAAUAUAUUUUUUGGUGAGUGUGAACAGGUAAAACAAAUCUAGAAACAGUGUGGUUCAUUAAAAGAUAAUAUAUUUUUUGGUGAGUGUGAACAAUCCUUAUUGUUUAUUACGAAUCUAUAAAAGAUAUUUUUAUGCUCUUUGAUUAAUUUGAAAAUGUAAUUUAAUACACUAGAGAUAUGAGUACAUCCUUAAGGCACAAGUGAGAAGUACUUUGUGAUGUAAUGCACACUUGAUGACAAUGCACUUAUUGCAUUCAUCCAUUUUUCAUCAUUGUGUAUUGAUAAUACAUGCAUUUUGUGCUGAUGCAUUCCUUGGUUAGCUGUUCCUUUAGGACAUCUGACAUUUCAUUAGCCAUUACUGUUCAAAUUUUGUGCCAUUCUUUAAAUCUUAAUUUAUUUUUUUGAAGGAUAUUUGGGAUUGUUCACUUAUGAUGAGAGCUUAUAACUUCAUCACAUAUUUUUGCCAGAGAAACAAAACCUGUUUAUUUGUGUAGUUAUGCCCCCAAACAUAGUUUGUUAACAUGUUUUUUACAGCUUCUUCUUCUUUUCCCAUACUUUUCUGAGUGCAAGUGUUCUCAGAAACUACAGCUCCGAUUGAUUUGGAACUCUUUAAGGUAAAGACACAUGUUUUAUGGAUGUGUGGAGUAAAGUACUAUAUUAGGUUAUGACCAAUAUCUGCCUCCAAAAUUAAACUGCAAUGGAGAACUCCAAAAUUCUGUUCUAAACCAGAAGAACAUCUGCAGACUUGAAAGCAUUACCUAUUUUCGUCAGUCAUAAUGCCAUAUGUUAAAUAUGACUUCAAGAAGAUGACGUAAAUUCAAAAUUUCAAUGAUUUUGUGAGAAAAAGGUGUAUUUUAAGUUGAUUUAAGAAAUUAAUUUAAUUUUGAGAAUUCAUGAGAACACCAGCAUAUUUCAUGAAUCACGUAAUGAUGAAUAUGAUGAAUAUGCAGGCGUGAACUGUUGUACUUCAUGUACCUCAUGAAUUCUCAAAAAUUAAAUUCAUUCCUUAUAUUUACAUUAUUUUUCUGAUGAUUUACUAAAUAUUUUUGUCAUUCAACAAUCGUCUUUGAAAAAAAAAAAGUUUGCACUAUUUUUUUUACUUUUAGGUCACAAUGGAAAUAUUCUCACUCGUCCCACGGUAGUUCUUGUGAACAUGAACUUUUUCUAAUUUGCAAAGAAUCUUGGGGAAAAAAUAUUUGGAAAUGUAAAUGUUUUUUAUUAAAAUUCAUCGAGCGCAUGCACAGGUCUGCUGCCUUUGAUCUUUUUGAUAUAAUGCAUAUAAUAGAAUUAUUAUGUGAAUGAUGUGUGCAUAUUGUUCUGGGGCAAGCUUGUGCUCAGUAAAUUGUACAUUCAAAUUUUAGCGAAUUUUGUCAAUUUUGACCUCUUUCGUGAAAAUAAUAGAAAAUCCAAACAGUUUGUGAAGUCACAGCAACAUGAAUUGCAGAUAAUCUAUUUCCAAACUAUAAUAAAUUUUGUCAUUAAGAUUUUGAAUAUAAUACAAAUGUAUACAUUUCGAGGUAUUUUCAAAAGCUGGCUUUUAUUGGGGUUACCGUAUAUAGUUCUUUGAUUUUGCUAUCAUAUGCUUGCAAGUGUGCACUAUAUUUUGUUAAAAUCCAAAAAGCUACAACUUUCCUUCUUUUUGAUAAAAUGUUCUUAAAUUAUAUAGAUAAGUGAAAAGUCUACAUGUCAAGAGUCAAUAAACUUGCAUGAGAGAAUGUGCAUGCUCUGAUUGAUUGAUACCAAAGUCCUUAUAACGUCCAUGCUUUUUUGACAAAAUACUUUGAAAUUUAAAAUAUGUGUAUAUAUUACAAGAUAUUCUGUGCAAGUAUAUACAAGAAAACAUGAAAACAGAGACAAGUGUAUGAACUGAAAUCUAAUUAGCUUAACUUAGAAGCAGGGGUAUAACUUUCUUAUGAUAGUCUAAGAAUGCAAGAUUGGCAAUUAGUAAUGUAUUAUGUAUCCAUCUAUCAUCAUCAAAAAAAAAAAGGAUGCAGGGCAUGCAUGCAUGUGUGCUGAAUUUGGAUUGGUUAAUGCUUAAAUUCUUAUAUUUUUCUUAUUUUUAAUUAAAAUCAUUUGAAUUUUAAAUGUAUGCAUUCAGAAAGCAUGGUUACAGAGUGAAAUCAAUCAUAAAGCAUGGCAGCUUGUGCCGCCAGAUAUAAAUGGUGAUUGGCUAAUCUGUGUAUGGCUAAGAAUGUGUUGUAACAUUAAAUUAUGCUCAUAAAGAAUAAGUACUGUCUGUGUACUUGGGGAGGGGAAGGGGAACCUUUCAUUAUCCAUACAUUUCUUGAAAAUUGGUUGAUGUUUUUUGCUAUUCACUACCUUAGGACCAAAAUAUCAAUUGCAAAAUGUAAAAUAGGUUAUGUUUAUGUAGUUAAGAAAGGGGCAAUAGAGUUGUUUCACAAAAUGGUGAAGUUGUGGAUCAACACUAAGUAAUAUGCAGUUUAAGAAAAGAAUUCUCAACAGAUAUGAUUUACAAUGAUAAUAUUCCUUGAUAAAUGUUUUUUUAUGCAAAACCAAUUAAGUAAAAUUUGGUAUAAUUUUUUUUCCCUUUACAUUUGUUUGAAUGAGGGAAAUGUCUGUUUGAGCUUUUUGGUGCAGGAUGCAUAGGGCAGUUUAAUUUUUAACCAGUUUAAGGUUUUCCCAUUUUAUUUAUAUGUUGUGUGUUUAUAAAGUGUCUUUCUUUUUUUUUUUUGCUUAUUUUACUGCAUGCACUUUAUUUACAUGCCUGAUUUUUUGGGGUCAUUGUUGUGCUUUGUAUUAAUAUUUCAGUGCUGCUUAAGAUUUACCAUAGGCAAUAUUUUUAUUUUAAGAAUAUGUUGUUUCAAACUUUCUUCAUUUUGUUAAAUUUUUGAAAAGAGUUGGAGCAUGAAAAAGAUUUCUUUAAAAAUGUAAUGAAAGUACAGAUAAAGUGCAUAGUUGUAAAAAAAAAAAAAAGUGGAUUCUUCUUUGUUGUUGUUAAAGUUGAAAAAAGAAAUGUGAUUUCAUAGUUUGUUGUCAACAAGUGUGUUAUAAUUAUGUUGUCAGUAGGUUUAUACAAUGACAUCUUUGACAGAGAGUAAAACAUUGGUGUGCAUUCAAUGUUUAAGGUAAACAAAGAUGACUAAAAGCUUAUCAUCAAAGUUUAGAAAUAUUUCUGAAUCAUUUGUUAACUUUAAAACAAAAUUGAAUCUCAUUUUCAUUUUCAAAACUUUGCCCAUGCUGCAAUUUUACUAUUUUUCUAAUCAUGGACAACUUGUGUUUAAAGUUUUCUUUACUCCUUUUUUAGGGAUUCCUAAAUAUACAUUUAUAUUGUGUUAUUAUUAUCAUCAUCAGGUGUAAAUGUCUUAAUAACUACAAAAAAUA